CUGUUGCUGCAGUGUGUUGGAUCAUAAAAUACACGGGGCCAUGGAAAGUUCAGCGGGCCGCGAGGGCGAUGGCCUGCAGGAUUUGACCGUCAACGAGGUGGACGUGACCCUUUCGAAAGCCAUGGCACAUAGCAACGAGUUGGUGCAACGAGCACGGCAGCUUCAAGCACACUUUCAGCAAGCCCAAAGAGGUAUGCUUGAAAUCAAUCGCUUGUGUGACCAGGCAGAUAGCUCCAUUGUUCAAGGUCAGACCUUAUUGAACCGCUCUGCCCACCGCAUCCAUGAAUUGAAGCAGGCCUUGGAAAGACAUCAGCAAGCACUGGGCACAGCUCCAGAUAUCUCCAGAUGACCAUGCUGGGAUGCACGGUGCAUGACAUGUGGCGAAGUCGCCAGGAUGGCAAGAUUUGGCAGCCUCAAAGUAGGGAAAUGCCAAGAAUGACUGAGAAAGACGUGAGGUCUCACAGCGGAACAUCUGCAAUAGUCGUGCUUUCUGUGAAGAAA